AUGGAUUUUGUUGGGUUACCAGGCGAAGAUGGAAGAAGAUCAUCAUUAGAGACAGAGAGAGUUUCGAAUGAGACUGUUAAGAGUAAUAAAGAAUUAAAGGAGAUGAAUAAUGAGAAGAAGAGUAAAAAGAAAUCUUCGUAUUUGCGAAAAUUUGGAUGCUUGAAAAUUGAAGAGGAUAAAAAAGCAAAUCUUGAUAUGAAAAUGGAAGUUGUGGAGGCAACAGGAAAGCCCAUAAAUCCUACCCACCUCAUUAUUAUGGUUAACGGUAUCAUUGGCAGGGCUCAAAAUUGGAAAUUCGCGGCUAAGCAGUUUUUGAAAAAGUAUCCCAGAGACGUUGUUGUUCACUGCAGCAAAGUUAAUUCGUCAAUGUCGACAUUUGAUGGCGUUGAUGUAAUGGGAGACAGACUAACCGAAGAGGUGAUAUCAGUGAUUAAAGGACACCCGUCUGUUCAGAAGAUUUCGUUCGUAGGCCAUUCAUUAGGUGGAUUGGUUGCAAGAUAUGCUAUUGCUAGGCUAUAUGAACAGGAUCUCACAGAGGAAAUUUCUCGUGAAAACGGUUAUGGUAAAAGUGAUGAACCUAGAGAUAUAGAUAAAUGCGUGCAUGAGAAAUCCAGAGGCAAAAUUGCUGGAUUGGAGCCCAUGAAUUUUGUAACCUCUGCUACUCCACAUCUUGGUUCGAGAUUUCAUAAGCAGGUCAUACUGCCAUGGAGAUUUUUCACUUUUAGUGAAGCGGCUCGAAUUGCAUGGUCUCUUGGUAGGACAGGAAAACAUCUGUUUUUGAUUGAUGGUGAUGAUGGAAAACCUCCUCUUCUUCUUCAGAUGGCUAGUGACUCUGAAAAUCUAAAAUUUAUAUCUGCUUUGGAAUCCUUCAAGCGUUGUGUGGCAUACGCAAAUGCAAGUUUUGACCACAUUGUGGGAUGGAGCACAUCAUCUUUACGGCGACGGAAUGAACUCCCAAAGAGACGGCAUCUCUCAAGACAUGAGAAAUAUCCGCAUAUUGUGAAUGUGAAGACAACAGAAACUGUAAGCCCUCAGCCCGAAAUUUCAAAGGUCAAAGCUUAUGGUUGCAAGACUUUUGACAUGGAAGAGGAAAUGAUCAGAGGCUUGACAAAGGUGAGCUGGGAACGAGUUGAUGUUAAAUUCAGUGGAAGCAUGCAAAGAUUUAUAGCGCACAGCACCAUUCAGGUGAAAGGCUCCUGUAUCAAUUCUGAUGGGGCUGACGUUGUCCAACACAUGGUUGACAAUUUUCUUUUGUGA